UCAUGUGUUUGUAUAACAGAAAAGCCAGGAGUGUGUCCAAGCAAAAACCUUAGAAUGGGAGCGUGUGCUGAGAUGUGUUCCCAAGAUGGUGACUGUCCGAAUGACGAGAAAUGCUGCAGCAAUGGAUGUGGACAUCAGUGUAUGGCUGUAUCUAAAGCAAAGCCAGGAGUGUGUCCUAGAAAAAAUCUUGAAGUAGCAGUGUCAGGAGUGUGUGUAGGGUCGUGUUCCCAUGACCAUGACUGUCCAAACAAUCAGAAAUGCUGCCAUAAUGGAUGUGGACGUCAGUGUAUGGCUCCAUAUAAAGCAGAACCAGAAAAGCCAGGAGUUUGUCCAAAUAACAAUCUUGCAGUAGCUUUUUUAGUGAAGUGUGUAGAGUUGUGUUCCCAUGACCGUGACUGUCCAAAUGAUGAGAAGUGCUGCAGCAAAGGAUGUGGACAUCAGUGUAUGGCUCCAUAUAAAGAAAAGCCAGGAGUGUGUCCAAGCAAAAACCUUGGAUUAGGAGCGUGUGUUGAGUUGUGUUCCCAAGACGGUGACUGUCCGAAUGACGAGAAAUGCUGCGGCAAUGGAUGUGGACAUCAGUGUAUGGCUGUAUCUAAAGAAAAGCCAGGAGUGUGUCCUGGAAACAAUUUUGAAGAAGCAAUGUUAGGAGUGUGUGCUGAGAUGUGUUCCCAUGACAGUGACUGUCCAAAUGAUGAGAAAUGCUGCAGCAAUGGAUGUGGACAUCAGUGUAUGCCUCCAUAUAAUGAAAAGCCAGGAGUGUGUCCAAGCAAAAACCUUGGAGAAGAAGGACUGUGUGUGGAGAUGUGUUCCCAUGACAGUAACUGUCCGAACGAUCAGAAGUGCUGCAGCAAUGGAUGUGGACAUCAGUGUAUGGCUCCAUAUAGAGAAAAGCCAGGCGUGUGUCCAAGGAGAUUCCUUGGAGUAGGUUUGUGUAAAAAGUUGUGUGUCAAUGACAUUGACUGUCCAAACGAUGAGAAGUGCUGCAGCACUAAAUGUGGACGUGAAUGUACACCUCCAUUUAAAGUGAGGCCUGAUCCAUGUCUCGGACCAAAUGUGUGCUGAUAACACUUCCCAUGAUGAUCAAUGUCCUGCCAGACCGAAGUGUUGCCCAACCACCUGUGCAUGCAUGCAGCUAACCAUGCCAGUGUAACCAUUGGGAAUUUUAUUUGAGGUCUCCUACGUUCACCAAAUAAAUCUCAUAGUUUAGCAAGA